AAGCACUUCAGGUUGUUUUAAGUGAUAAAAAUUUUUACAAAAUUUUCCAGGUUCUUUGAGGCUUUUUCACAGGCCCCGGGGGUGACAGAAUUUUUUAAAAAUGAUUCAGUUCUUUUUUUCCACAAAUGAUCUACAAAUUCAUCGAGAACACUCUGAACGUAUUUUCAAGCAUUUCAGGUUGUUUCGAGUAAAGAAAAUGUUUUUAAAUUUUCAGAUUUUUGAAGCUUUUUUGCAGGUCUGGGGUGACAGAUUUUUUGAAAAAUGACUUGGUUCUUUUUUUCUACAUAAACCUCCAAAUUGAUCGAAAACACUUUAAUUUGUGUUCCAAACGUCUUUUCAAACAUUUCAGAUUAUUCCGAGUAAAAAAUAUUUUUGAAAAAUUUUUAGGUUUUUCAAGUUUUUUGCAGGUCCAGGGUGACAGAUUUUUUGAAAAAUGACUUAGGUUGCGAGAAAAUGACUGCAAAAAAUACUCUGAAGCACAUUUUUGCUUAUCUAAAGGGCAUAGUCGCCAACGAUUUUCUGAUCGCUUCGCUCGUAGGAGACCAUUUUGUUUUUCCACAGGGCCUUCAAAACCUCUUGACGGCACAGCUCGCAUCUCUAUCAUUGUAGCUAGGCCCCCAUAAACCACCUUUCUCAACCUUUCUGAAAUCUUUGUUAGGAUGCCUCUUCAAAUCGAUGUCCCCUCCCACUUUUCUAAUGCUUCCUUUUCUACGCCAUUAAUUAAAACGUUUCAGCGAAAAAUCCGAAUGAAGGCAUAGCUAUUUCAACUGCUACAUUUGCAGUAGCAGAGCCAUUUCACCAAAACAUGAUGAUGAUAGAAAGUAUAAAAUUAUAUGUUUUGCCAGCACAUUUGCAUCAUGUUUAUUCUUUUGAAAGUGCCCUACAAUGGCUUGGCAUCUGGGGUAAAAGUAGAACUUUCCUUGUCAGUGGUGGGGGAACUCAUGGGUCCUGGCGGGGCAAUUCCCCCAUCAUUGAGUAUGCUAUAAAAUAUCCUGCUUUCAACAGGUCAACUGAUGACUGAAAUCAUCUUUAGUUCUGUAAAAGGAUUUUCUGCCUUUUGAUAGUUUUAAACUUUUUGAAAACAACAACGUGGGGCAAAGGGCGCACCGGGAAAUUUGUCCCAGUGGGCCAGUCCGCUUCUGCUCGCAGUCAUUUACAUUAGAGUUUGCCUAUCAUGUGAUAAUUUAUAAUUGCAAGCUUUCCUAUUUGUGUUAAUGUUCAAGUUUGCAAAAAACUAGUUGCGAUCGGCAAUUAGCCUCUGUCCCAGACCCUUAACUUGAAAGUAGAGGGUCUGUGUAACCACAGUCAAUAGAAAAACUCUGGUCUGGAAGCCUUUUGUUCUAACUCUUUAUCCUUGAAAAAAAGUAUUUUUAACCGCGAAGACAGCAACUCUACCACCAGCAACACUAUUCAAAACCAAAUUCUUUCAGACAAGCAACAUAUUUAGAACAGCAAUAUUCAAAACCAAAUUCUUUCAGACAAGCAACAUAUUUACAACAGCAAUCGUAACACGACAAAAUUAUCUGUAAUUGACGUUAUUCUAACCAGAAUCUUCAUUUGUUGAUCUUCAGACCAAGGGUUUAUAUACACAACGCUUCACUUUUCCCUGUUUACAAAAAAAAUGAAAGUGGACUGUUUGCAUUUGACUUAACGAACAAUGAAAGUCGCAGGAAACAAUAAUAAAAUUAUUGAUAGUUACGCUUACGUCCCGACUCAUAUCACUAAAAGUUCAUGCAGUAUAUUUUGAAGAUGUUGAUGUCAAAGAUAUGAAGUUUGGUAGAACCUGUGCUCUUGUAGCAACAUCAGAGCCACUCCGUAAGACAUUUAGCCGAUUUUGAAAAUAUAUUUCAUGAUGCUCACUCAAGAUAAUAAACAUAUCAACAGUUUUUUGGUUGUACAGAACUUGAAAAAAAGUCGUCUUUCCAUCUAGCAGUUUUGGAAUCGAUCUACAUACAAACGAGAAAGCCGCCAUUGUGUAGACAGAAGGAGUUCGUUUUUUCUCUUGGAAUCUAGUGGUAAUUUUUCUUUAAGCACGCGCCACUGAUUGGUUAACUAUACCGGUCCUGUGCUUGCGUUUUUCUGAUUGGCCUAUUUCGAUCCACAACUGGGUAUAUAUUUUUCAUCGUUUUCUUUGGGACCCUUAUUCUGAGAAAGUGUCUGAGGAUUGAUGUUUUAUGCUCUGAGGAGUGUCAGAGGAAAAAGCUUUUAGCCAAUAUGUUUUAAAAUGUUUGCUUUUUCAAUGCCAAAAUAAGCUUACCAUAAUCCGGUAAUAGAAAGCACACGCUUUACGAACAGAUGCAGAGAAAACUGGCACGUUUUCCAACUCGGGACCUUAAACCGCAUGGGCAGUAGAAAAGUUACCCAGGUUCAACCCUGUUUUGCAUUUACACUAAAUUUUUCAAAACGAACCCGGAUCUAGUCGGCCUGGGUUGAGUCGGCCCAGACUGAGUCGGCCCGGGUUGAGUCGCCAGGGUAGAAAUCACACUUCAGUUGCUUCUUUUGGUCGCUCUAUAAACUUCCACAUCAUAGAUGGAGAAGGGGUGCUUAAGCCCUCCACUUGAUGCAAAAAAUGCAACUUUUUAAGAAGUAAACCACUAGUAAAGAUACUUUUUUUUCGGUUUUAGCAACUCCCUUUUUUAAACGCCUAUUUUCGGAAUCUAGCAGUUUGAAACUCUUAUUUGCACUUUUAUAUUUGUUUUUGGUUUGCUCAAGAUGUCUUUCAUUUUCAUAAUUGCAUUUUUGACAUACCUAUACGCCUUUUGAUGUCCUUAUAUCCAGCUGUCAAGAAACUUUCAGCAAUCUUCAAGCUGUAUGACUUGUGUCCUUAUUUUGAGGUUACAAUGAAGUGUCACUCCUUUCUUCACAAUGACCAUGCAUUCUGUCAUUAUACAUAUACCAAGCAGUGUAUAUAUAGUUUGCAAGUUCAAUCUUAUUAUUGGAUAAAUUUGAAAGGUGAAGGCGACUCAUCCUGGAAUAUCGCAUUUGAAAAAAAUAACUCGAGAGAGCAUCAUCAAAUACAUUUGUGAAAGCAGGUAAAUGUCUUACAAAUUGGCUGUGGUAUGGAGACAAGAGCACAACCUCUUUCAAGGCAACUCCGUUAGCAACCUCAAAUCUAUUGACUACCUCUUCUAUUGAAUAAACUUCAAGUGAUAUGAGUCGGGACGACAGGCCAUAAAUUUUUAAGAGAAACUGUUUAUAUUUUCAACAGUAUUUUCUAAAAUUUUCACUGUUUGUUAAAUUAAAAAGGAAAUGGUCCAUUUCAAAUUCUUUUGUAAACAGGUUAAAUAUGAAGUGUUGUGUUAAACAUAAACACUGAGUCUAAAGCUCAGUAAAUGAAGAUUCUGGUGAAAAUAACGUAAAUAAUUGAAAAUUUAGUCAUGUUACGGUUUUAUUUCUAAUUAUGUUGCUUGCCUUUCAGAACUUUGUUUUGAAUAGAGUUGCUGGUGGCAAAUGCUUGUUAUAUAAAGCUGUAAUCGUUCUUCAGUUCAAAUGUUGUCGAUGACUUGUAAAAGCGCAAUACGAACAGCAAUUUGAGUUCCGAUGCGACGAAAAUUUGCACUAAAUGCCAUCUUCUGCUACAGUGUGACUGGACAACAAGAACAUCUUCUGUGCUUGCAGCAAUUGAUUCAGUGUGAAGAUACAUCUCAUCCACAUCUCAUGUAUAGCACAGAUUUCUGGCAAACUUUAAUUGAAAAUCAUUUCCUUGAUCGAGAGUCAACUUAAUGCAAGGGAGAUUGAUUGGACAUUAUCGAAUACUGAUCACGUGAAAAGAAAAGUUAAUAUCACACUGUUUCUGACGAUACAAGACCAGUGCUUCCCUGACACACACUUUGUAUAAAAAUGAACACGACAUUGGCACCAGUUUCUGCAUGCAAAAGUAUUACCCCAGAUGUGUCUCAGUUGUCCAAAUCCCAUAGACUUGCAAUGUUCUCCUUCAAUGCAGCACUGAUACCAAUUACUUUAGUUUCCAACAGUGUCGUGAUUAUAGGCCUACUUCGAUCUAAAUCAUCCGGCUCAAAGUUGUUGAUCGUUUUUCUUUGCAUAACAGACCUGUUAGUUGGUGUUUUAUUAAUGCCUCUAAGUAGUGCCUAUAUUCUCUCUCCAGUGGUACAUAGCAGCUGCAAGGCAAAGUCUGCCAUACAGUUUCUGUCCCACACCUUUCUUUUGUUAGACUUUACAACUGUCUUAGCUAUCGGCAUUGAACGGCUUAUAGUUUUAAAGUAUCCGAUGCAAGACUUGUUUUUUCGAUGGCAAGCCGUUCGUAAGUACGUCCUGAUGUGUACUAUUUUCUGGGUUCUGCUUUUUGCUUCAAUCGUCAUUCUUGUAACAAAUAACAGUGACGUCUACUACGCCGUCAAAUUUGCGUCUUUCGCUAUCUAUGUGGCUAUUUUAGUAACGUUAGUAAGCUGUUAUGCGAUAGUCUGUCGCCAUGUGCGAAACAGUGUGAAAAAGUUGUACAACGGAAAUGACAACCAUAUACAGUCAAGAUCUAGACAACUCAGACAUGAUAUGGCCCUAGCAAGAUCAGUCAGCGUCAUUCUUUCUUUCCAGCUUUCAAUGUGUACACCAUAUUUCAUUACUAUGCUUUUCUGGAAUUGGGAGAUGUUCAAAUUUGGGAAACCAAAACAGCUCUCAAGCACGAUCCUGGUUUGGACAUUUUUGCCGUUGCUUAUAAAUUCAAGUGCAAACGCAUUUAUUUACUCGUAUUACAAUAGACCGUUAAGACAGUAUUUUGUGCAAACAUAUUCCUGUCUGUUUCGAUUCAUUCCAAGAAGAAAAGAGACAAGAGGUAAUACUAACGAAGAGGGAAAUACUAAAAAGACUAAAGAAUCUAGGUUAUAAAUUUAUAAACACAGUACAAGGCACCAACCGCGGAAGUGACAGCUAUGAAAAUGAUAGUCUCACAGAGAAAUGGCACACAAUUGCAUAAAUUGAAGCCGCUAAAAAGAAACUGCUGCAUGAAAUCUAUAGGACUGUUCGUUCCACGUACAUACAUUUAAGUUUGGAAUAUUAUUUGGAAUAGUAUAAACAUAUAUUAAAGUAUUAUUAUACUCGACUUUUGUAGGGUCCAGGCCCUCGACGUGUUGGCCACGUCACGCAUUGUUAAUGUAACUUCAUUCUGCUAGAGUAGUUAGAGAGAGGUCUUAUUGUUACGGACUGAUAGUGUGGCUAUUCGUCAAGAAAAUUGAUUGAAUUCGUUGUAAAUAGUUUUUUAUGUUAUUUGACUCACGCACCACACCAAGAAGAUACUAGAGCUGAGUGUUUAUUGCUCAAUAGCGGAAACGUAUUCAGAUACACAUCUGUAUUCACUCUGCAUAAGCUUGUUCACGUUAUUUUUCUACUCAUUCAUUUCUUAACAUUCUCAUGACCUCAUCUCAUUAAACAGGUAUCCUCUAAGUUUCUAAAACAAAACACAUUCGCUAAUCUUUAUCCUUAGAGGGCCUCUCCAGCCAAAAAAAAAAAAUUUUUAUUGACUAAAAAGUUAGCAUCUAGUGCAUGUGUUAUGGCAAAGUCGUUGUUUUUGCAAAAUUCCAAUUAGUUUAGAAGUUAUAAGGCUUUAAAGUUGCACCUUUCCGAGAAAAAAACGACAAAAGCCGAAUCAGUUUUGUGACAUUCUGACGUCACAAUGUGCGGCCCUCGUUCGCCAUGAAUUUCGUAUAUCUUCCACCGAAUCGUGAAGGAGUCAUGGUCACGCGUUGAUAACGGCAUCUAAAUCUAGAGCAGGAGCUUUUUAGGAUCGAAAAUAUAAAAUGUUUACAAUCAUUCUAAGUUUGCGGGUCGGAAUGUGUCCAUGCUGUGUCACGACUUUGUUUUGAUCACCUGUGUAGGCCCACAAAGCUACGGCUUCCUGUUCUAGCUCUUCCUUCGCGUAUAAUUAAUCGAAAUUGACACUUCAGUUGUUCUCCAGAAACGAUGAACAACUAAAGGCUUCAGAAUUGACAUUUGAAAUGCUCAAACUAAAAAGCCGGUGGAACAGAACUGAGAGUACCAUCACUUGCAGUGUUCAAUUUGCGAAUCGCCGUCGUUCGAUUCGGUUUGAGGCGAGACUAACAAAAUACACUGUGACGUCAAAAUUGCGUCACAGUGUCACCAAACCGAAAAUUUUUUGUCGGUAAAUUCAAUUCAAUUAUCGAAAUGCAAGAGCUUAUAUCUCACAAACUGUAAAAAAAAUCGAAAAACAAAUAACGAAUUCGUGAUCAGCAGGUUCAACUCCUUUAGAUUAGCCAAUAAAAUGCAAGUGCAAAAAAUUGGCUGGAGAGGCCCUUUAACUUUCUGUUUGCUACGUUAUUCAUUUCACAAUUCUUAACUUUAUCCCUGUAAAUUUGAGAAUAUAGUGAUCAUAUAUCGUAAUUAGUAUAGCUAAGGAUGCUAAUUUUUUGAAUUGGAUGUUCCAUCCAGCUCAACAAAAAUUCCGACAGCCAAUCACGUGCACGUAGAAUAAAACACGUAGAAUAUAACAGUUUUUGUUGUCUAGUUGCACUGAAGCAGAAGCUGAAGCUGGCAAGAUGAUUAAAUGGAAUUACACCAGAAUCAAUUAUCGAAAGGCUUUUGAGCUUUAAACAAUUCGCUUGAGAUUUUUACUAUUUCCUAUUCAUUAUGGUCUCAUGUGCCCUCCUUUCUCACGUUUUUCUUGUAUCUACUCUACCAGUUAAUGGACAAUGCGGGAGUCUUUCGGCCUCCUGAGGACUUGACUUAUAAAGCUAGGGUGAGGUUUGUGUUUUGUCGCGUUUUCAUUCCCUUUGUUAAUCUAGGGGUAUUUGCGGUUUUGAUAAAGUAUGGAUCUCGCCUUGCUUGCAUUUACCUCAUUCAGUUUUGAUUCUCAACCAUAGACGUUUCGAUGAGGGCUAGCUUUCAGAUAAGUCUAUUGAUUACCCGCCAGGUAUGCGUUUCUCUACUGAUAAAUCAAAUAUAUUUUCUAACUAUUUUAGAUAAUGCUUCGGUGUUUUUGCAACUUUACCUGAUACUGGUACGAAUUUCAGUGUUCGAGGUUCGUUCGUAGAAAUCUUUUUUUUGUCACCUCUAUGGCACCAAACUUGGCUAAAAUUCAAACCCACCCCUGAGUCUCACCGGGAAACACAAAAAAUCAAUGCAAUGUGAUAACUCAGAACAUGAUUUGCUACAACAAAGUUAAAUACAAAUUAGUAGUUGAUGAAGUGCUCCAGCUUUCUCAGUGAACUUUUUCGCUCAUGUUGUAACUGCAGAUAAUCGCUCCACAUUCAUUUCAUAAUCCAAAUUUCUUCAGUAGAAAUUAUUCACGGCCUCGUUAGCAAUACUGUUUUUAGAUCGCCAAGACGGAUAGAUAGGUUUAAUGUUUUGAGUUUUCCUGACCCAGUCUGUAGCUUGUGUCCCUUAAUAGCCGUUAUUCUAUUGUUCCUGGCGAAAAUUAUAAACAGCAUUUGAAGUUUUGUUUAUUGAUGGUGUUCAUGCCUGGAGAUUCAAAUUUUUGCAAACUACACAAAGUUUUAAGCUUACAGUAAACAUUUUUCCAUUUUUCCAUUUUUCGAUUAUUUCUCAUUCAAGAAGCCGUAAUUUCAAGGCACAGAAUGAUACCAAAUUUGAAACUAACAGGUAUUUUGAAAAUGGAGAAAAUCCCAUCUAAACGAAGGUUUCAAUAAUUUCCUUAUCAAAACUUUUAUUUGAGGCCUGAAAAUCUCUUGACCUGUUAAGCCGAUUAUCAUUGCUUUGCAGUUGUGGUCGCAUGUCUCAUUCACAAUAUCGCAUGGCACAUAUAUGUAUCCCAUCUAUGGCUGUGUUUAUUCAAACAGGCUUAAUGAUCUUAAAGCUUCAAGUGACUUGACCCGGAUUACACUGUGGUUUCAAGUGACUUGACCCGGAUUACACUAGUGUCCCUUGCAAGUGCAAUUAGUAAAACCCCAUUUGCUCUAGAAUUCCAUUUUCUCUACAUACAGGUACGAAAAAGCUUUUUUGGACCCAAGGAACCAAUCGAAUGGCCCAAAACUUUGCACGCAGCCAGGACAUAUCUCGGGUACGAAAAAGCUUUUUUGGACCCAAGCAACCAAUCGAAAGGCCCAAAACUUUGCACGCAGCCAGGACAUAUCUCGGGUAAGCAAAGUAUCUGAAAAUUUUUGAAUUUGCUCUGGUCCUUCUUUUAUAGCCAAAUACAGCUUUGUGAGGGAAGAAAAAUUAUUUGUCAAUUUUUGACAGGGUAUAGUUUCAAGGGGAGGAGGAAUUUAGAAAAUUUGAGACACUCUUUGGUAGCUGAGGAUCUGCGCUUUCUGUUGAUAUAUGUCAGAUCUUGAUACCUGAAACGCAAGGGUACAAAAUAGCUUUAAAGGUGGUAGAUUUGUUUAAGCAAUAAAUGUGCCUGGAAAAUAUGAUUUUACAAUAUUUGCCAAUUUUUUUAAAAGGCCGGAAUCACCACAUUCUUGUGCAUCGAAUGAUGUAUAGUUUAACCUAAUUCCGUCAAUAGUUUGGCCUUCAGGGAGAGAAAACCAAAUAUCGUGUCAAAAACGUUUACCGUAACCUUAAAGUGACUUCAAGUUGUGGCUUUUUUCGAGUUCUUUCUUCUAGUCUUUUACUAAAGGUUGGUGAUAAACCAUUUAUGGAAUUAGUUGUAGAUCAGGUUAAUUGACGAUAUUUAGCUCGUUGUUAUACAAAGAUUCUAGAUUAGUUUUCCAUGGUAGUUCUUCCAGUGUUUCGAUGCUCUAUGAAGGGUUUCUAAAUUAUGCUAGAUUCGCAAGACCCUUAUGGCCUAUUUGUUUCUAAGGAAUCUAUACUUUUGCUUCCCAUUUCCUGGAGCGAUAUAAAGUAUCUAGCCUUCAUUGACGUACAAUAGAGCGAAGAUUUGCUUCUGGUUCACCUUUAUGAGCAAAAAUUAUCCUGUAACUCGCCUUUCAAGGGAGAGCUGUUUCCUUAAGCCUAAAGAGUGGAAGUGUGCUGUUAAGUUCUUUCCUCGUGUUAUGCUCCGUGGCUAGGCAUGCGAACUGAAAUGGUCGUAGAAUUCGCAAAUCUUUCACGUUGAUGCCGCUUAAUUUACCACCGCUUCGGGUUCCUGAAUAUCUUAAAAGUUUUAUUUUUACCAUGCAGUGAUGAAUAAUAGAGUUCUGAAUCCGCAAAGAAGAAUAUUUUGCUCUGAAUAUAGCAGUAGGUAAUUAAGAAGAACGAUUACAACUUUAUUUAACAAGCCUCUACCACCAGCAACUCUAUUAAAAACCAAAUUCUGAGAGGCAAGCGGCAUAAUUAGAAUUACAAUCAUAAUACGACGAAACUCUCAGUUAAUUACUUCAUUUAGACCAGAAUCUUAAUGUAUAAAACAAUUUACAUUCAUCCUGUUGACAAAAUAAAUUAAUAUACACGGUUUGCAUUUCAA